AUGAGAUGCUCUGCUUUACAUAAGAACAGUCAUGUUGUGAUCAAAGGUAGGCAAUGCCAAAUGAGUCAAUCCAUCAAUUUAAAACAAGACCAUUAUCAGUCUAAAAUCCUUGAAUCUUUUUCUUCAGAUCAUCAUGUCAUGUCUCCCAAGACUGGAAAGCACAGUCACAUCAAGGUUUGUUUAAUGGUUGUGAUCAAUACCUUCACUGACAAGAGAUGA